AUGGCAUUGAACAAAUAUUUGGAGGAUGCAACAAGACUUUUGUCUUAGCUUGGUUAGCAUUGUGUCACAGCAUAACUCUUUCUGAAAAAAGAAAGCUUAGUUGAUUUAAAAAAAAGUUUGUGAAGUGUUGGCACUCUUCCAAAUUCUACAGAGAAGUCAGUUCCCCCCAAGAGUUUUGUUCAGUAAAUAUCAGACUUCUGUACAUGCAUGGAAAUCAGCCUAUCUUGUGGUGAAGUGAUAAUCUCCUUCCUGUCCUGUGGGGGAGGAAGGAGGGGAUAAGCCCUGAUGUUUUGCUCCUACUGUUAUCUGAGCAAAAAUAACUGUACAGAAAAUAACUAUAUAUAGUUAUCAAAAUAACUAUGCACAGAAAAAAGCAUAUUUUAAUACAAGUAAUACAAUAUGCUAUUUUCUGAGCAUAGGUAUUUUGGAGUUGAGCUUUGUUCACAUUUGUUUCCUGUAAGUGCCAGGUAGGUGUGAUAACAGAACUGUUGAGAUAGAUUUCCUCAACACGAAAGGAUUAGGAGGUGGAAUCCAAUAAAUAAUGUGUAAGAAUGAAAAGCUCUCCAGUUCUUUAGAAAAUAUUCCAUUAGACAUACUUCGAUUAAACAUCCAUUGUGCUUCUGAGAAAAGGUUUAGUACUUGAAAACAGGCACCAAAGUAGAAUGUAUGCAUGUCACUUUUACAAUUAAUGCAGGAGUGCAUAAAUUUCAAUUUUCUCCCUUAAAUAUAUUAAGUUUUUGAAUAUUUAUAAUUGCUGGAAAAAUAAAUGCUUUUCUGUUUUAUAACAAAUGCAUUUGUUUUAAAAAAAACCCUUCAGAUUAGCAGAGAUCUGGUUUCACAACUCUACAUAUUGCAGUUACGCAAUAUGUGGGUUGUAUUUUCAUACUUCCGGUGUUUCAUGCUGAUCAUAUCCUUGUUCAUCUACUGUUUCUGAGAAGACUGGGACUUCCUGGAAAUGGCUAAUACAAGUUUUUCACAGUUGCCAUGCAAGAUCUGGUAUAUGACUUGGGGUGCAUCUACAUUGUAGAAUUAAUGCAGUUUAUCACUACUUAGGCUCCUUCCACACUGCCCUAUAUCCCAGUAUCUGAUUCCAGAUUAUCAUAUUAGCCCAGAUUAUUUGGCAGUGGAGACUCAUAUAAUCCCGUAUAAAGCAGAUAAUCUUGGAUCAGAUCCUGGGAUAUAGGACAGUGUAGAAGGGACCUUAAUUGUUAAGUCUUGAUGCUAUGUAAUCCUGGGAUUUAUAACUUGGUAAGACACCAGCAUACUUUGGCAGAGGAGGCUAAAUACCUUGUAAAACUACAAGUCCAAUGGUUCCAUAGCAUUGAGGUGAAAGUGAUGUCAAACUGCAUUAAUUCUACAGUGUAAAUGCAUCUUCUCCAAAAGAAAGAAUGGUGUGCUGAAGACAAGUGCUUAGUUAUGAAGUGUUCCCAGACAAAAGAAAAAGAACAAGUUGAGGCAGUGAGGGAAGCAGGAAGGCUCUAUGGACAAGUGAUCUAUCUGCUUGUACAUUAUUUCUUUUGCUUUUGGUUGGGGGAUAGUUGUGUGAGGGUUUUUGAUAUGUGUAAAACAUGCCAUACAUCAACACAAGGGUGCAUAAGCACACAUGGUUUUCUGGGAAACCAGUCCAAAAAAUUGCUAAGGUGCAAAUCUAGAGAUUCUUCUUUAGGAUGGUGUAGUUAAAUACAUUGUUUUUCCCACUGCCUUGCUGAAUGUUUACACUCCCAACAUCUUAUGUCUCCAUUCUUAAUCUAAAUUUUCUACUCUAGCCUACUUCUGUUCCUAAACUCAUUUGGCAUCUGAAACUUGAGUGUAUCCCACAUAUCCCUCUGACUGUUCAAUGACGUUUUGAUAGGACAGGUAGAGAUACAGGUAAAGAUAAAACAAGUUGAGCUUACUCAGAGGUGACUGGGCAGAGAACUUAGCUCCUAGUUACCUCCUAUUAGGUUGAAACUAACUCAAAAUGCUUGGGGGUUCAUCAGAACAAUAAGCCAAUUGCAAGAUGGUGGCUUUCUCAGAAUUUGCGAUGGCACAAACUGGCCUUUUAGUGCAACUGGGCAUUUCCACAAGCAAGCUCCAUUGAACCCUAAGAUCAAACUGCAUGUGAGAAAUAUCCAACAGAAAAUUGAAAAAUCAAAAAUGUUAAUGUUUUGAUAUGUGUGUCUGACAUUCGUGUUAGUUACCAGUAAAAAUUGUUCUUGUGUUUCCAACUGUGGUGGCUGUAUUGCUACAGCUCAAACCAAUACUGGCUCCCUAUUACUUAGGAACAAAUUGAAGGAGCUGCAGUCUCCCAUGUCUUUUACAUACUAAACGAAACUAACUUCUGUGCUUUAUCAGAUAGAAAGGAAACUGAUUAUGAUAGGAAACCCAGGCAUCGGACCCCAUCCUUCCCAAGAACGGCUACUACUGAUAUAGCCUCAUACCGCCAUGGAUGAUGCCUACCAGAAUGAAGAUUACCAUAACAGCAGCAUUUUAGCAAAAUUGUCUCAGACUCAAGAAGUGCAGUCUGGACCCGAACAUGCAAGAAUAGUUGAUGGGGAAGACGAGGAGACAUUCUCAAAGGGCCGCUCUAGUUCUAGGCAUGUUGAUGCCAAAGACAGAAAAAGAACUUACUUAGCACCAGUUUUAUUCCUGGAUGAAAUGGAGGGAAGAGCCUUUGGCAAGAGACACUUCAUCAUCUUCUGUGUCACUCUGUUUUGCUCCCUGAUAUUGGUGAUAACAGCUCUUCUGAUGGCAAGCUUGCGGUGCAUUCCCAAAUGUCCAUCUGGGUGGCAGAAUGUCGGAAAGACUUGUUAUCUCAUCUGCUCAGAAGCAAAGAAAUGGGAAGAUGGCAGAGAUGAUUGCCAAAACCAAGGAGCAGAUCUGAUAAUAAUUGGAGAUAAACAGGAACAGGACUUUCUAAAUUAUAAAAUGGAGUCCUACCGAGAAUUCUGGAUUGGCUUAAAGCAUGCUGGAGGCGAAACAUGGAAGUGGGUAAAUGGGACAAGCAUAUUGUCCCAAAGCCUGAGAACAUUGGAAGGAUUUGAAGAUAUAGGUGAUGGCCCUUGUGUUACAUCAAAGAAAGAAGAAAAUAAUCACAAAUGGAGCCGCAUUGACUGCACAAAGAUGCAUCCAUAUGUUUGUGAAAAGUAUAUGUAUGUUAAUUGUGUCCUGCAGUCCCCAUUAGGAUACUUCUGAGAUUACUUUAUUUGGGUGUCUGGAUGUGUAAAAAUAACAGAUUUUGGAAAUGAAAUUGUUUUUUACUCGUUUGUAUUUCAGUUCUUUCAGCUCUAGGGUCAUUACCUGCAGAUGGAUGUGUUUUGGGAAAACAUGAAAGGGAUCAAGGAGUGGCUAUUUAAAUACAGUCGACCCUCCACACACACUGGGAUUAGGGUCAUAGCACUCCUGUUAAAGUGGCAUAUUGAAUUGAUGAUCUUAUUGAUUAUCUCUUCCCCCUUUCCACUUUUUCUCUUCCAUCUCUCUCCAUCCUCAAACCUUCCAAAAUAAUGAGGAGAGAUAAGAAUGGUCACCUAUUUUUCCCUCUAUCUUUAUGGGUAUGGACAGUCUCCCCACCCCACCACCACACACACAUACACAGAGACUCUAGAUCCAACAAUACAGGACAGUGAAGCAAACAAAAGACUGACAAAUCAAGUAAUAUUGGUUUCCCCAUUAGUAGGAAUAAAAAAGAGUGGGGAAGAAGCAAGGAAACACCAAACUUCCUGUAAAUAUCGAUCAGUCUUCUAGAGUUUGAAAAACAAUGUUUUAAUUACAGGAAUAAAAACAAUGAUCUCUCCAUAUAUCUGGCUAGCACAAAUAAACUCUGUAGCAUGCAGCACUUGCCACUGACAAAUGUUUAGAAACUUCAGGUAGAUCUAAAUGAUGGAGCCAUAACUAGUUAUAUGAGGCAUGUGUCUGUAUCACAGCCUCGCUAACCACUGUCCAUUUCCAGAUACAGUUUAAAGUGCUGCUUAGUUGGAUGGAACAAUAGUAGGAGAACUGAGAAAGCCCUAAUGACACAAACCACCUUCCUAUCCUUCCUGCUGCUAUGUUGUGGGAUGCUGGUCAUGAAGUUGAAGGGGCAAAGAUGUAAAAGAUGUAAAAAUACUCCUCUUAAUUCAAAGUCAAAGGCAGGAGGCCCCUUUUCUGUGGAGAGGGCGAGGAAGGACACCACAAAAGUUGGAUCUUCAAACUGCAAAAAAACCUAUUUAUUGCGAGCUUAGCAAUAACAACAAAAACAUGCAUACAUCGAUGCAAUAAAAGGAUUUGUUGCACUUUCAAAAUGGUUGCAAGGGUUUUUAUCAUUCUACAGAAAAUAGUAAGCAUAUCCUUAUAGGCUUUCAAAGAUAAUUUACCCCAUUCAUCUAAUGUUGGCUACAUCACAAACAUCUUAACCAUCAUGCAAUUCCAUUGGUUUUCUAUGCUGUAACAACAUGUGACUCUUUAGACAAUGGUGCUUUUCAUGUUAUUGACCCUGAUGUCAACACCAGCUUAUCUUCCUCUUGUUGCAAGUAUAGGUUCGAAUCCAUAUGGGAAUCCUAGGGAGUAGUGGUUAACUGGUUCUGACUUGCUGUAUUGUUAUUAUUGAAAGUAACUUCUUUUUCUCUGGAACAACUCUUUUUCCAAACAUCAGCAUUUUCUUUCAAACAUAGGCUUUUCUCAAGCAUAGGUCUUUGCAACUUAGGUCAAUCAAAGCAUAUGGGACUUAUAGUCAUUGGAAGUAUCUUUGUCUUUUUAAACCCACGUCCCCCUCAAAGUGAUUUAUAGUUUCCAAAUCAUGACCUCCCUGAACCACCGUAAGCUGGAUAGAAAGUAUCC